CACGUCAAAUGACGAUAGACUCGGACAAGUGUGCGCUUGGCUUCAGUCGGUCAGUAACAAUGGCGGCAGAUCUCGAACAGUUUCAACAGCUUCUGAAUACACUCCUCAGCACAGAUAACGAUGUCCGGACGCAGGCGGAGGAGGCGUAUGGUAAUCUUCCAGUGGAAAGCAAGGUGACAUUUCUCUUAACUACUAUUUGCAAUGGUACACUUGCAGAAGAAAUGCGAACUAUUGCUGCAGUAUUGUUACGUCGAUUAUUCUCUUCAGAAUUUAUGGAUUUUUAUCCUAAGAUUCCACCAGAGGCGCAAGCCCAGUUGAAGGAACAAAUUUUAUUAUCGGUUCAAAAUGAACAAACUGAAAAUAUUCGACGUAAGGUCUGUGACGUUGCAGCUGAAGUUGCCAGGAAUUUAAUAGAUGAAGAUGGCAAUAAUCAAUGGCCAGAGUUUCUUCAGUUCCUAUUUCAGUGCGCGAAUAGUCCAUUACCGGCAUUAAAAGAAAGCGCUCUUCGUAUGUUCACAUCCGUCCCAGGCGUAUUUGGAAAUCAACAAGCAAAUCAUCUUGAUCUUAUAAAACAAAUGUUACAACAAUCUGUGUUAGAUAUGACAAAUUAUGAGGUCAGAUUUCAAGCAGUACGAGCAAUUGGAGCGUUUAUAACAUUACAUGACAAAGAGGAAAACAUACACAAACAUUUUUCAGAAUUAGUUCCAGCGCUUGUACAAGUAACCGCUCAAUCUAUAGAAAAGCAAGAUGAUGAUGCUCUUAUAAAAGUGUUGAUAGAUAUUGCUGAAACCACACCAAAAUUCCUCAGGGGGCAAUUAGAUAAUGUUAUGCAAUUGUGCAUGAAUGUAUUCUCUAAUGAAGAAAUGCCUGACUCUUGGAGACAAUUGGCACUAGAAGUUUUGGUAACUCUAGCGGAAACUGCACCAGCUAUGGUACGGAAAGGUGGUGAAAAAUACAUAGUAUCUUUAGUGCCAUUGGUACUGAAGAUGAUGACUGACUUGGAAGAAGAUGAGAAAUGGAGUUUCUCUGAUGAAAUAAUUGAAGAAGAUAAUGAUAGCAACAAUGUGGUUGCAGAAAGUGCUUUAGAUAGAUUGGCGUGUGGGUUAGGAGGAAAAACUAUGCUACCACAAAUCGUGCAAAAUAUCCCUACAAUGUUAAAUAACAGUGAUUGGAAGUAUAGGCACGCAGCACUUAUGGCUAUUUCAGCUGUUGGUGAAGGAUGCCACAAGCAAAUGGAAGCUCUUUUACCACAAAUAAUGGAUGGUGUGAUACAAUAUCUACAAGACCCGCAUCCUCGUGUAAGAUAUGCUGCUUGCAACGCAGUAGGUCAAAUGUCUACAGAUUUUUCGCCCAUAUUUGAAAAGAAAUUUCAUGAUAAAGUUAUCCCUGGAUUAUUAAUGGUGUUAGACGAUAAUGCGAAUCCUAGAGUUCAAGCUCAUGCUGGCGCAGCUCUUGUAAACUUCAGCGAAGAUUGCCCGAAAAAUAUUCUAACACCAUAUCUCGAUGCUAUAAUGGCUAAACUUGAAUCAAUACUGACUGCUAAAUUCCAUGAAUUAGUUGAAAAGGGAACUAAACUUGUACUUGAACAGGUUGUUACAACAAUUGCCUCUGUUGCGGAUACAUGUGAGGAACAAUUUGUAACUUAUUACGACAGGCUAAUGCCUUGUUUGAAAUUUAUCAUUCAAAAUGCGACUCUACAGGAACACAAAAUAUUACGAGGCAAGACGAUCGAAUGUGUCAGUCUUGUAGGCUUAGCUGUUGGCCCAGAAAAGUUUAUUGCUGAUGCUAGUGAAGUUAUGGAUAUGUUACUCAAAACACAUUCAGAAGGUGAUCUUCCUGAUGACGAUCCACAAACCAGCUAUCUUAUAUCUGCUUGGGCCAGGAUUUGUAAAAUUCUUGGGAAGCAAUUUGAACAAUACUUACCAUUAGUAAUGGGUCCUGUAUUACGAACAGCCGCUAUGAAGCCUGAAGUUGCAUUACUGGACAAUGAAGACAUGGAAGGUAUCGAGGGUGAUCUCGAUUGGCAAUUUGUUUCACUAGGAGAGCAACAAAACUUUGGAAUCAAAACAGCUGGUUUGGAGGAUAAGGCUUCUGCAUGCGAAAUGUUGGUUUGUUAUGCACGAGAAUUAAAGGAAGGUUUUGCGGAUUAUGCAGAAGAAGUUGUACGAUUAAUGGUACCGAUGUUGAAGUUUUACUUCCACGAUGGUGUUAGAACUGCAGCUGCAGCAAGUUUGCCAUAUCUUCUUGACUGUGCUAAAAUAAAAGGUCCACAGUAUCUAGAAGGCAUGUGGGCAUAUAUUUGCCCAGAUUUAUUGAAAGCUAUCGAUACAGAGCCAGAAUCUGAAGUGUUGUUGGAAUUAUUAUCCUCUUUAGCAAAAUGUAUCGAAACAUUGGGCGUAGGUUGCUUAAGUGCACCGCAUAUGACUGAACUUUUACGACUUUUAGAUAAGUUACUCACUGAACAUUUUGACCGAGCAGUUGCUAGAUUGGAGAAACGAAAAGAUGAAGAUUAUGAUGAGGUUGUUGAAGAACAACUUGCUGAUGAAGACAAUGAGGACGUAUACACACUCAGUAAAAUUGCUGACAUUUUACAUGCCUUAUUUACAACUUACAAGUCUUCUUUCUUCCCAUACUUUGAUCAAAUAUGCGGACAUUUCGUAAAAUUAUUGAGUCCUGAAAGAUCGUGGUCGGAUCAUCAGUGGGCUUUAUGCGUCUUUGACGAUAUUAUAGAAUUCGGAGGACCUGAGUGUGCAAAAUAUCAAGAAUUCUUUUUACGACCCAUGAUUCAAUAUGUUUCUGAUAAAUCUGCAGAAGUUAGACAAGCAGCAGCUUAUGGUUGCGGAGUUUUAGGUCAAUUCGGUGGAGAAGGCUUUGCGCAAGCAUGUGCAGAAGCUUUACCAAAACUGAUGGAAGUUAUUAAUGAUCCUGAAUCUAGAUCGCCAGAAAAUGUAAAUCCUACUGAAAAUGCUAUUUCAGCAGUGACUAAAAUUCUCAAAUAUAAUAACAAAGCAAUCAACGUCGAUGAAAUUCUUCCACACUGGCUAACUUGGCUGCCAGUCGUCGAAGAUGAAGAUGAAGCACCUCAUGUAUAUGGAUAUCUGUGUGAUUUGAUUGAAGCAAAUCAUGUAGUAGUUUUAGGAACGAAUAAUGCGCAUUUGCCUCGACUUAUAAGUUUCUUUGCUGAAGCAUUGUUCAGAGAAGCUGUGCCUACCGACCAUCCUGUUAUGUCUAGAAUUCUUAGUAUUGUUAGAGAAAUACAAAACAACGACACGAUAUUCCAGGCAACUAUAAUGCAGUUGACAACAGAUCAACAACAGGCGCUUCACGAGGCACUUAGUGCACUAAGUUGAAUUUUUAACAUUGUAACAAGUAAAAAAAAAUUAAUGCCCGCGUUAAUUAAUCUCUCGAAAAAAUCGUAAAGAUUGUAGGUAUAUUGUACCUAUAAAACAUUCGCUCCAGCCUAGUUACACACACACACACACACACACACACACACGCACGCACAUAUACACAUGCAACUAUAUUUAAGCAUUCUAUUAUUAUCCACGUACUUGUUGAAUAUGUAUUUCUGUAUCAUUUCUCAGAUUCAAUACUUAGUUUUGUCAGG